CAGUUUGUGAAGAUAAUCUCUGCAAUGAAGAUCGAAUGCGUUGAAUAAUAUUUUCUACUCAGCACAAAUCAUGGCGUUUUCUUACAUAUUUCAGUGUUUUUCAAUUUUUUUUACUUUGAUGGUGUGUCGACUACAGGGAAUGUCCAUUGAAAAAAAUGAGUUACCCUUGGAACCUUUUGAACUAGAUGAAUUUAUAAAUGGAACAUUCCAAGCCAACGGUUGGGGCGGUGAAUGGAUCUCUGAUGACGCUUUCGUAUACAGAAACACAACUGGUGAUAUUCUGAGGUAUGAUUUACAAAAAAAAUCCGCUGAAAUCUUAUUGGAAGCCGCUGUGUUGGAGAAAUAUUCAGGUUGUGAGGUGACCAUUUCUCCCGACCAAUCAUAUGCUCUCAUUCAAUUCGACAAAUCAGCGGUAUUUCGACAUUCGACUACUGCUUUGUUCACUGUAUAUGACAUAGCCAAUAAGAAAUACUAUGAUAUCGCUAAUCUAACACCCCUGCAGCUAGUAAAAUUCGCUCCAACAGGUCAUGGUUUAGUUUACGUACUUGAAAAUAAUAUUUACUAUCUUGAAGAUUUUUCAAUGGACGUUCAAAACCCAAUCACAGUCACAACAGAGGGCAGAAAAGGAGUCGUUUACUGUGGGGUUCCUGAUUGGGUGUACGAAGAGGAAGUACUAGCUUCUGGAUCUGCUCUAUGGUUUUCCCCAGGAGCAACUCAUAUUGCCUAUGCAAAAUUUGAUGACAAAAAUGUUAAAGAUUUCACAUAUUUCACUUAUGGACAACCAGGUUCAAUGCAAAACCAGUAUCCCACCGAGGUCCAAAUAAAAUAUCCCAAAGUUGGUACUCCAAACCCCAUAGUAUCUGUUUAUAUUUACGAAAUUGCUAUGGGAAUGAACAUUGAGCUUGAAUUGCCACCUACAAGCAGUAUCCAAAACCCCAAUGAUUACAUCCUGUAUGAUCUAACCUGGAUUUCUGAUUACGAGGUAGCAAUGAUCUCCACCAACAGGAUCCAGAAUCAGUCUGCGAUAGUCAGGUGCUUCAUAAACGGAACUUGUCAUGAGGAAAGUUUUUCUACGGCAGAAAAUGGUUGGCUAGAACCGAAAAUACCGAUUUAUAGCAGAGAUGGUAGGAGGAAAGUUGAAUUGCUGCCUCAAGUAGAAGGAAAUGAUAAAUUCGAUCACAUAGUAUUGACCAACGUUGAGAUCGGUAUCAAGAAAAGAUUGACUAAUGGAAGAAGAGUUGUGCUAUCUAUACUUGGAUGGAAUGAGAUUGAGGAGCUGAUUUAUUUCACUUCAACUGUCGUUGAUGAACCAUCGCAGCAGCAUGUUUAUGUUGUGGAUGAACAGGGUAACGAAAGUUGCUUAUCAUGUGACAUGACAAUUGAAGGCACAAACUGUUCUUAUGCCGAUGCCAGUUUCAGUAAAUCGAACUCAUAUUUCCUGAAGACUUGUCUAGGACCCAAGCCUAGCUAUUACGUCAUUCAAAAUUCCAGAAACUCCAGUGAUAUGUUGAUUUGGGAAGACAAUGACUCACUAAGGAAGGAACUGUCGAAGAAAAUGUUCCCUGUUAUAAAGAACUUAGAGGUUCCUUUAAAAGAUAACUUGACAGCAAGGGUGCGAUUGUUUCUACCUCCUGAUCUCAAUGAAAAUUCUUUCGAACAAUAUCCAGCACUUGUCAAUACAUAUGGUGGACCGAACAGUAAUCAAAUCGGAGAUUCUUUUGGUGUAUCUCUGCAAUAUUAUUUGACCACCAAAAAAGGAUACAUUUACAUCCUCAUAGAUGGCAGAGGGAGUGGAAGAGAUGGCCAAAAUAAAAUGUUCAAGAUGUACAAGAAUUUUGGCACGGUGGAAAUUGAAGAUCAAAUCGCCGUCACAAUGUAUUUGCAAAAAAAUCUGCCAUACAUAGACCCCACGAGAACCGGAAUUUGGGGAUGGAGCUAUGGAGGAUUUGCAUCUAGUUGGGUGCUAGCGAAAGACACGAAACAUGUCUUCAAAUUUGCUCUAGCCGUAGCACCAGUCACCAGCUUCAUUUACUACGAUUCGAUAUAUACAGAGCGUUACAUGGGUCUGCCAACGGAAGAAGAUAACCAAAUUGGCUACAACAACAGUGAUCUUACCAGAGUAGUGGAAAAUUUCAGAGGGAGAAAUUAUUUUAUAAUCCAUGGCAACGCUGAUGAUAACGUCCACUAUCAGAAUUCGAUGGUAUUUGUGAAGGCUUUGGAAACAGCCGACGUGGUAUUCAGGCAACAGAGUUACCCAGAUGAGAACCAUUCUUUGGGAGGAGUGAGAAGACAUUUGUAUCACACUAUAGAUCGAUAUUUGGAAUCACAAUUCUCAAUCCAAUGAUAUAAGUUGGAUUUGACAGAAGGAAAAUAAAGAUUGUCGAUAACUUGUUUUUUAAAUAGAAUCUCCUGUAUAUUUAUGCUCAAUUUUCUGAAUCCACAUAAGUGACAUUUCAAACCUCAGUUGCUAUAAAAAUAGAGAUUUUGUCGAAAACAUCGAAUUGUAUGAUAUGGAACCAUACUAGGUUCAUCGAAAUUGGUUUUGGG